UCUCCUGGCAACCGGAUGCAGGGGCCAUGGCACUCUUAACACCCCAGGGAAUGAAAGAAGUCUUCCAAUUUCAGAAACCGAAAGGUCGGGAGCAUCUGCGGAAACUCCUCAACUGGGAGGAGUUUGAUGAGCUGCGAGACUCCCGCCAGAGCAUCCUGCUGGACACGCUCUACGACAGCGUCAUCUUCGCUGUGGGCAAAGGCUUCCCAUGGUCGCAGGUGGCCCAAGUGGUCAAGUUCACAGAAGAGUUACUGAGGGAGACCAAAGGCUGCUCCAUUACUGAGGCUGUGACAAUCUUGGCGAACAAGCUCAGGGAUUACCAGAGUCAGUUCAACACCUCCCACCUGCUGGCCCUCUGCGACUACUUCCACAACACCUUCAUCCGCCACUACAAGCUCUUCCAGUAUGUCCUGGGUCAGAAGCAGGAAGUCAACCUUACAGUCGCCCACCUGGAGGUGUGCGCACCGCCCCAGCCCCUCCCACUGGCCGAGGGCAAGGACAGGGAGGUCUGGAAGCAGGAGCAGCAGGUGGCCGAACUCGAGGUAGCCGAGGCACAGAAGCGCAGCAGCCGGCUGCUGCUGCAGGAGACACUGAGGCUGGAACAGGAGCGGCUGCUGCGGAAGGCCUUCCAGGUAUCGCCGCGGAGGCCCAGCCGUGGCCUGGUCAGGCAGGACCUGGAAAACCUCAUCGGUAAAGCCAUUCACAUCCAGAUCGAGUGCCUGAAAGAGCUGCUGCAGCACGAGAUCCAGAUCACCUUCGACAUCUUGGACCUGAAGCUUCAGAAGAAAACUUUAAACCUCAACACGUCUAUCCCUUUCCCUCCCUCCAUCAUGGACCACCCAGCCCAGGAGGAAUCUCCUAAGCCUCACAAAGCAAACAAAGGAAAGAAAGCGAAGGCUAAGAAAUAG